GUAGCCCGUCUCCUGUCUCCGGUCUCUUCAUUUCUGUUUCUGUCGAUCGUUUUCUUCUCCAGCAGAUAUAGAACAGACGAUUGAGCUCCACAGCGAAUCAAUGGCGGGGAGGACAGUGUUGAAGGAGAAGAGAAGGGCAGGAAGCUUCUUCUCCGCGACAUUAGUGCUUUGGUCAGUCUCUCUUUGUUUCGAAAUUCUGUUCGACCGGCGCUUCGAGCUGCUCUACGUCGUAUUCGGAGCUCUGUUCUACCAAUCCGCCAAUUCGGCCAUUCGAUUUCUUGUUUCCAAGGAUCCUCUCCUAGUCAACACCUCCGUCUCUCUCCUUCACUCCACUAUCACCUCUGCUUCAGUGCUAUUUGUUUUGGUGAAUCGAUGGCUGAGUUAUGGUUCAGAGGGGAUUUUUGAGCAUUCACAAUUGUUUGGAGGAACAUGGCCGUGGGCCUAUGCAGCUUUGUGCUUCUCAUGUGGAUAUUUUGCGUAUGAUCAGUGGGAUAUGCUGCAAUACGGACUAUACAGUGGCUGGAUCCCUGCGAUCUUGGUUCAUCAUCUGGUUCUUCUCAUUUGCUUUACGCUUGCUUUGUAUAGGAAUGUCACCAUCAAUUAUCUCAUCCUCACUCUCAUUUGCGAGAUGCAUUCUAUCUUUCUCCACGUAAGGCGAUUGCGAAGGAUGGCUGGUGUUCGUGACGCCAAGAGCGUUAUCGUGAAAGUUGAAUGGAUUCUCAACUGGCUAACGUUCGUUUUCGCAAGGUUUGUUCCACACAUUCUCAUUACUGCCAAGCUCAUCAUGGAUGCUUCCAAGUUCGAUAAAGGCAUCGAGCUGCCGCUUGCACUGUCUGGGAUGGCCGGCAUGAACCUGCUGAAUGCUUUGCUCGGAAUGGAUCUCUUAAGCGCUGUAAGGAAAGAAAGUUAUUACCAGAAAACUGAUCACUCUCAUCAUGAAUGAACGAGGACCAACUUUGGUGGAAAUUAUUGUAUUUGUUCUUUUUAUUAUAUUAUGGAAAAAGAGCUUAAAAAACCAUUUUUUGUCCCUAAACUUUCAUGAAAGUAAUAAUUUAGUCUCUAAACUUUAGUUUGUAA